AGAAAAAUGGGGUGAAGAGUCAACAUCUAAUACUUUAUAAACUGUAUAGUUUUGAAACUAUUAUGGUCAAUGCUUCGUUUUAGAAGCUUCAUGUUACUGUAAAUGCUGAUGUUAAGUGCUUGCUUUUGAAGAAUAUUGGGAAUAAUCAAGAUGAUUUGCUUGAAGAUUCUUCAUUUUUGGUGCACUGUGGAUCCCACUUCAUGUCGGUAACUCAGAGUGAGAGGGAGAAGAUGCCAGCCCAAGCCCCUCAGUGGACAGAGUUCCUAUCUUGCCAGGUGUGUUACAAUGUUUUCAAUGAGACUGACCGUAGGCCAGUCAGUCUGGCAUGUGGGCACACUGUCUGUAGAACAUGUCUGCUCAAUCUCCCCCAGAAAAAAUGUCCAUUUGAUCAGUGUGCCAUCACGAGGGACGUGAGUGAGCUGCCUGUUAACUAUGCCCUGCUCCAGUUAGUGGGAGCUGCAAUACCAGCUGAGAGUGAACAGCCAGUUCCAAUCCCUAUUCCAGAGAAAACAAAACAUUAUGAGUCAGCAAAGCACUGUAUAGAAGAAAUAGCUCUCUAUCUUAAACCAGUAUCUGAAGGUUGUUCAACAGCUGCAGCAAUAAGUUCCGGAAGUAACAGUAUAUUAAGCCGCCCGAUGCAGAGAAAGGUUGUAUCUCUUGUGAGUUGUCAGCUAGUGGAGGAGGAGGGUAGAGCUCGUGCUGCUCGGGCAGCUCGCUCGCUUGGUGAGCGAACUGUUACAGAACUCAUUCUUCAGCAUCAAAAUGCCCAACAAUUAUCUUCAAACUUAUGGGCCGCUGUGCGUGCUCGUGGAUGUCAGUUCCUGGGUCCUGCUAUGCAGGAGGAGGUUCUUAAGCUAAUUUUGUUGGCCCUGGAGGAUGGUUCCUUAUUGUCAAGAAAAGUUCUGGUUUUGUUUGUUGUCCAGCGUCUAGAGUCACAGUAUCCUCAAGCCUCCAAGACAGCCAUAGGACAUGUAGUUCAGCUAUUGUACAGAGCUUCUUGUUUUAAGGUCACAAAGCGAGAUGAGGAGUCCUCUUUGAUGCAACUGAAGGAGGAGUUCCGUUCAUAUGAGGCCCUGAGACGAGAGCAUGACUCACAGAUCAUACAAAUAGCCAUGGAGUCUGGUCUGAGGAUCGCACCAGAUCAGUGGUCAUCAUUACUGUACGGAGACACAAACCACAAAUCACACAUGCAGUCUAUCAUUGACAAGCUUCAGACUCCCCAGUCCUUCACUCAGAGCACCAAUGAACUAGUGGUGGCCCUUCAGCGGAGUGGUGACCCCUUUAACCUACAGAGACUCCGCCCACAUUUAGAGUUCCUAGCCAGCAUUGAUCCUAGUCCAGAGGCUCCAACUCCAUCUUGGGAGAAUUUAGAAGCAGUGAUGAAAGCUGUAAAGACAGUGGUAAAGGGUCUGGUGGACUUCAUACAAAGUAAUGGAUCCAAGAAAGUGGAUAACACAGCAUAUGUUAAUGUCCGUUACAAGACCAGUAUGUGCCGAGAUUUGUCUGAAAAAGGUCGCUGUCCAAGGGGAACUAACUGUACCUUUGCUCACUCCCAGGAGGAACUAGAAAAGUUCAGAGCAAGAAACAAAAGAUCUGGUAGAAAUGCCUGCCCUGCAAAUGACACUUCGACCUUGACCCUAAAGCAGAAAGUCCAGCUGGACCAUAUCACAAGAACAUCUCUGGAGAAACAAAGACAGUUGAGCAGCAGUUCUGAUUCAGCCAUAAAAGACCAAGGUUCUGUUCCUGCUGUUGCUGGACCCCAGGACCUGACCCAGGGAAUAAAUUCUCUGUCUCUAAUUGACCCAGUGAAGACAGGAGAUACCACUGCCAUAUCAGCCUUACAUGCCCACCAACCACAGAUCAACUUCCAGAAUCUGCCCCCUCAACCUCCUGUUCAACCCAGUGUAAGCUCAAUGGUACCACCUCAGUUUCCAAUGUACCCCAAUCACCAGUACCACCCUAGCAUGUUACAGUCAGGGAUCUACCCCAGUGCCCCACAGGUACCUGUGGGUAAUGGAGGAGUCAUGAUGAAUAUGCAGGGAGUGGGGUACUCGGAUAUGUACCAAAUGGAAGUAAACAGAGGUUGUGUACAGCAUCCAUCAAUCCCUUCACCAUAUCCCAUGAUGCAACAGCCACAGUACCCCGGUGUCCAGUAUCAGCAGUUUGUACCUGGGUAUUUCCCACCUGGAUACAUGCCUUACACUCAGAAUCCAGGUGGGAUCCCACCUUACAUGGAUUCUCACAGUGGAGUGCAGGGUCCUUCCAAUGUAGAUGUAUACUCUAGUGACCAGACAGUGACUUCAAAUUCUUCAUCCUCUGCCCAAGAUAUGGGUGCAAGAUCAGCAGGAGAUGUGGGCUCUAAAAAUCAGACCAGAGUUCUUCACAAUCUGCAAAGCAGAAGGAAAGAGAUUUUGGCAAAGAUUCAGAAUAUUCCUGCGAGCUCUGGAGGAGGUACAGUUAGUAACCCCCUUCUGAGAGGAUGUGCAUCAGUGACUCCAACUGUAAGGGAAAUCAUCAAAGACCCGUACAAGACUGCCAAUGACAAAUUCAUGGUAUCAACAAAGUCAACCUUGAACAAAGCUGUCAGCGAUACACUGCAUGCCAAUCAGAUAACAUCACUGGCAGAAGUGCAGAAAUCUAAUUGGAAUCAGGAUUACAUCCCUUGGUCCAGUGGUGACACAACUUUGUCAGUUUUUACAUCUUCAUCAGACACCAUGGCUUCGUCAUCUGACAUACUGACAGACAGCGGUGACAUCUGGAAUGAGAGUAGUUCUGAUAGCACAGAAUUCAUGUUAAACUGGCUGAAGGACAUACCAGAUGACCCUGUACCAGUGGAGAACAAAGAGGAUACAAAAUGGUGGCUCAACAACACAAGUCUAUCAGGACCAUUACAAACCAGCACCAAAAACAGAGCAUUGGAUUCAUAUCCAAGGAGCAGUAUGUCGGUGUGCUCUGACAAGACAGAUGAGGAGAUUCCUUUUGAUCCUCCAAUUGUUUCUAAGUUUGGACCAAUUUCCAGGUCCUGUAAGACAAAGUACAAAUUCUCUGAUCCUGUACAGGCUACAGCCAAUCAGGGUCAUUCCACGAUGACCCCUGUGACAGCCAUUACCCCUGUGAGGCGACCUCAGACAACAGCUUUCCCACAGGAAACUAAGGUGAAGAAAACAAAUGAGGUCCAUAUGCAUGGUUACAAUCUCCAUGCCAUCUCCACUGGAUGUUACGACAAAUCAGAGAUGGGGCUACAGGAUUACGUCAGACAUGAGCUGUCGCGUCUAGAGAAGCAGGCACAGAAUGCCUACACAGAGGGAGAGGCUCUCAAUUGUGAACUGAAGGCCGUGGAACUCCAGAUUUCACUGGAAGAUGGAUCCAUGCUAGAAGCUCCACCAAGCAAACCUGAGAAGACUAUAUUCGGAUGGGAGUUGGAGUCUAAGUUGGAGAGACCCCCAGGAGCAUGGAGCAGCUUUGAGUUAUUAGCUGCAGCCACUACCAAAGGAAUGAAAUUGGAUGACAUCCACAUGGCAUUAGAUGCCCAGAAGAAGGCAACACAGUCAUUACGAAGCAAACAGCAAGAAGAUUAGAGGGGGAAAGAAAGGGUUAAGAGUGCUUUUAAAAGCUAUGAACAUAUCACUGUCUUUCUUUCAUGGGACAGGGGAGUGUUUUUUACUGUGUAUUGUGUUUUAAAUAUACUGAGUGUUUAUUUUUAUUCUUUCAAUAUAAUCAUGCAAUAACCAUUUGUUAAACAAAGUAUGACAUUUGGACAUAUUCUCUACAAUGUAGGGUGAAGGAAAUACUAUGUAUCUUCUGAAUUUUGAAUUCAUUGUGAAGCUCAUUAUUCAGUGUCUACCAUGUGGACUCAAUAUGUCAAGUUUUAGAUUGAUUGGAAUUUUGGUUCUUAUGUCGUACAUAUUGUGCAUCUCUGUAUAAACAUGUUCUAUUAGAGCUACAUUAUACCUCAUUUUCAUGUUUUUCUGUAAUAUUGUUGAAAUGGCUUUAUUUUUCAAAUGUAUAAUGAAAAUAUAUCCAUGGUGUAUGUAUGAAUCAAGGAUGGAGGGGCACCACUGUUUAAUACCAGUGCUUUGUUAAUUCAUUCAAUGCUAAAAACAGAGGAUAAAAAUCUCUUGUUUUUUUGUUUGUUUGUUGUUUUUUUUUUCAUUAUAUAAACUAUCAAAAUUUAAGAAAAUUUUGAAGCAACAGAGAGAUAUACUUUUGAAUUAAGGUCAAGAUCUAGUACUGUCUAUUUGUGUUAGAUCCAUUAUGAUGCCAUAAUUUAAACAAUUGCAGAAAAUAUAGAAUUUUCAUGAAAUUUAAUUUAAAACUGUGUCAAAGUAGGGUAUUCCCAUUACCUAUUUUCAAUUUCAUAUUUUAAAAAAGAGGUCAAGAACAUAUAAUUAUGAUUUUCUGAAAGACUGGAGGUAAUCUGGAUACAUUUACUUUGUCUAAAAGGAAAAAAAAGCUAUAUUUAUCACAGGUUUUCUUCAUUUGCAUUGAAAAUGACAGUUUAAAAUUUGUUGGGUUUUUUGUUGUGUUUAUCUAAAAAUGGCUCAACACACCUUAAUUUACCAAUCUUUAGUUAUAAAGCAUCAAAGGAAUUCAUUUCUAAAAUUGGAAAAAUUUGCAAAAAAUUGAAUAUUAAAAACCAGAUAUAUAAACUUAUUUUUUGAAAAACUUUAUCACAUUAUCAUAGCUUUUUUUAUACAUCUUUAUGAAAGUCUGAUUUGCAAAGCCAUAAUUUGUGUUGAUGUGAAAUAUUUCAGUACAUGUAUAUACUUUGUACAAGGUACAAUGCAUGCCUAUUUUUGUUGGAAUUUUAAUGACAUUUUAUCAUUGGUGUGUAUAUAUUAGAUAUAUACUAAUUUUUCUGAUAGUCUGACAAAAUGUAUUUUUUUUAAAUGAAAUACCAUGUCAGCUGUUUUAUUUAUGUGACACAUGUGUACUAUAAACAACAGACUUGACUCAGAGUCUGGUAGGUUGGGUUUCAUGUGAUUGAAUGGUAACUGUUCUGUACUCUGUACAAAAAAAAAUUCUGUGAAUUUCUUGAGAAGACAGCUAUUUUAUCAUUGUCAUUCAUUUUAAUUUUUUUUUCUUUUUUGAAAAUGGGUGGGGAGGGUUUGAUAUGAACUCUUUUUCCUUAAGAGAAAAAAUACUAGAAGCUAUUGUACUGUAUGGCAAGAAAUGUUGAAAGAUAUAUAUAUACUUUUAAAAGCGGAAAGGAAAAUGAAAUUGGUGUAUUAUGAAUUUUUUUGGAAUAGAAUUGUAGAUAACAUUUUGAAUUAUUCCUUAAUAUAUAUAUAAAAAAAAUCAAAUUCACAUAUACAAAUAUCUUCAAUACAUAGAAAUGCAUGAAAUUAUUUUGUUUGCAAUGAAUAAAGGGUUUUCCAGUAAGAAAGAUAACUCAGUUCAAAGCUACCAUAAAGAAAGCUGAAGUUUUUUUUAACUUAUUUUAGAAAAUGAAAAAAAAAAGGAAAAAAAAAUUGUCCAAACUUUUUACUGGUCAAAGCCCAGAAGAUCCUAUGAGAUGGUAAGAUGUCAGUCAUCUAUCUGUUUGUCUGUAAACAAUUUUAAAAAUUGCUACUUCUCCUAUAUCGUUGACUCAGUUUCAAUAAAACUUGGUACACAGGUAGACAAAACGGGUACUAUUAAUAAGAUAUAAUUAUGAUCAUAGGUUUUUGAUGUUGAUGAACAGUGUUGUUCUUUUGUCUAAAAAUGGAAAUUUCAGUGAAAAGUUUUCAAAAAUGCUACCCCAUCCUUCAGUUUUAGUAAAAUUUCAGUAAGUUUCGAUAAGUCCUGGUACAAAGUUUUCUGUGAAAUUGCUGCUCUUACAAGUUUUGGUCAAAUUUCAUUAAAACUUGAUACACACUUAGACUAUACUUAGACAGAACAUUUUUAUCCAGUUAUUUUUAGACAAACGGUUUUGCAAUGGUUACUAAAAAUAGAAUCCUACUAUUCCUACAAUUUUUCUCAUGAUUUCAAUAAACAUGAUAGUAGACUCAACCAAUAAUCAUAAUUCUAUUCAUUGAUGUUGCCAUAGCUUCUAAGUUCCGAGUCCAUGUGCUAUUUUUCUCUUUAUAAACCAGUAGAGCUACAGUCUUGUCAGAUAUUUCUGGUUGUAUUAUCAUUUUUAUACAUAAAAAAAGCAUUCAAUAACAUCUACUACCAAUUUUUUGUGAAUAUAUUACAUAAAUGACAUUUUACUAUAAAAAUCAAUCAUUUAAUGAAAG